AUGGCCGAUGCUAAAAAGCCAAAAUUAGGCGAUAAUGAUGCUACUUUAUUCGACCAGCUCUUUCCACAACUCGUCACCGAAUUAACUGAAGAUGGUCUAGCUAAUGAUCAAACUGUCGAUGCAAUUCAAUGGAUGAAAAAGUCGCUAGAGUGCAAUGUCCCUGGAGGCAAACGCAAUCGUGGACUAUCAGUUAUUGCUACGGCAAGGUUACUAGUUGCUCCGCAAGAACUAUCCGAUGAAGAUAUUAAGGGAGCCUUAAUACUAGGAUGGUGUGUGGAAUUCUUACAAGCAUUUUUUCUUGUUGCUGACGAUAUUAUGGAUGAUUCAGUUACACGUCGUGGUCAGCCAUGCUGGUUUAGGAAUCCUGAAAUUGGUACAAUUGCUAUCAACGAUUCCUUCAUGAUCGAAUCAUGUAUCUAUAAGUUACUCAAGAAAUACUUUCGUAGUCAACCUUAUUAUGCGGAUCUUCUGGAUUUAAUGCAUGAAACAACCUACGAUACAGAAGUUGGACAGACUCUUGAUUUAAUUACAGCACCCAGCUAUGUAGAUUUUUCUAGAUUUUCAAUCGAAAGGUAUAGGGCAAUUGUAAAGUAUAAAACUGCAAUUUAUUCCUUUUAUUUACCUGUUGCAUUAGCUAUGACCAUGACAAAGAACAAUAGCGAAGUCGAUUAUCAAGAUGCUCGUCAAGUUCUAAUGCAGAUGGGAGAAUAUUUCCAAAUUCAGGACGACUUUCUUGACUGCUUUGGAGAUCCGAAAAUAACCGGUAAAAUUGGUACUGAUAUUGAAGACAAUAAAUGUUCUUGGUUGGUUGUACAAGCACUGUCCAUUGCAUCAGAAGAACAGAAAAAAGUCUUACAGGAUAAUUAUGCAAAAAAUGAUCAAGUAGCAGUGCAAAAAGUCAAAGACCUAUAUAAUGAGCUAAAUCUCAAGCAGAGGUAUAAUGAUUAUGAAGAGCAGAGUUAUACAACUCUAUCUGAAGGCAUAAACAAAAUUGCCAAUCAGGAUUUAGCUAAAGCACUUCAUGUAUUUGCCAAGCGCAUUUAUAAGCGCAAGGCAUAG